AUGCAAAUUUUCGUGAAAACCCUCACGGGUAAAACUAUUACCUUGGAGGUAGAGCCAAGCGAUACCAUUGACAAUGUCAAGAACAAGAUCCAAGACAAGGAAGGAAUUCCUCCAGAUCAGCAACGUCUGAUCUUCGCAGGUAUGUUCAACUUUUAUGUUUUGAUUCGGGUUUAGAAUGGAGUACCUUUUCGAAAUGGAUUUGUAAUUUUUUGCUGUGCCGUUUUUUAUUAAGAUUGCUCUGGAGAUCAGGAACUUUUCUUCCUUUUAACGACUUUAAUUCUAGGAAAGCAACUCGAGGAUGGUCGCACCCUGUCCGAUUACAACAUCCAGAAGGAGUCCACUCUCCAUCUGGUGCUCCGUCUUCGUGGUGGUAUUAUCGAACCAUCUUUGAGAAUGUUGGCCCAGAAGUACAACUGCGACAAACAAAUCUGCCGCAAAUGUUAUGCUCGUCUCCCUCCCCGUGCUACCAACUGCAGAAAGCAGAAGUGCGGCCACUCCAACGACCUCCGCCCCAAGAAGAAGCUGAAGUAA